AAACCCAGAAUUUCAUUCCACUGCAAAUUCUCCAAUUCCUGCUAUAUUUCCUCAAUGAUUUCGCUCAAAAUCAUCCGCACUCUUCAUGUCACAAAUCAUACUCUCACCUUCAUUUCAUCCAAUCCUUCCAAAUUUACUCAUUUCUCUUCAAUUCCCCACCGCCCAUUCUCGCGUUCGGCUCAAUCCGCACAAACCGCCGAUGAACAGACUCGCAGUUUCGCUCAACCCUUGAGCGGUUUCUUCAGAAAAGUCCUCUUCGGCAAUGAAAGUGCCGACAUCAAUCGCGCUGCCGCCGAAAAUGCGGAGUCGGGGGAGACAAUUGUGGCGGAAAAGCUGCGAAAGCUGGAGGAAGAAAUUAGGGAUUUGAACGAGAAAAAGUGCGGGACGGCGGAGAAUCUCGAAAUUGUUAAUGAAGAGAAGGAAAAGGGGCGGAAAUCUGAUUCUGCAAUCGCGCCGAAGACGAAGAAGCUCAGGUUAUCGGCAUUGUUUAAGAAAUCGAAAAAGAGGUCGAACUCGAAAUCAGUGGCGGAUUCGAGAUCAGAAUUGAAAUUCGUGGUGGAUUCGAAACCGAAAUUGAAACCGAAACCGGUUGAGCGAACUGCGUUUGGGAUGGAGGAUCCAAUGGUUCACAGAGAGCUCUCUCCUGAUAUGAGAUUGUUUGCUGAGCAUUUGUAUGCGAAAGGAUACUUGAAGGAUGCAAAUUUCAUGAACCGAGAUAGGUUUGAUCCGAUGGAUUUCGAGGUCAGUUACGCCCGGGAGUUUCUGAAGUUUGCUGCUGUGAAGUUUGGGGAAGAUCAUCAGUAUAUUUCAAGAUGGUUGUCUGCUGGGGAUUUAAAAAAGGUAGCCCUUUUUGGGUGUCCGUCUAUCGGGCAGAAGACUGUUUAUGAUGCUAAACAUAUUCGCGCUUUCUUCAAAAUUGACGAACCCAAGGUUUGCCAAGCAUGCACGCUGAAAGAGUCGUGCAAGCAUUCAAAUAAGAGUAAUAAGAAACAUUCGACCAAGUUAUGUUUGGAUAGUGUGAUGAAGGUCCUCGUCAUGUAUGCCAUGGAAUCUGUCCCCCAGAAGUUGAUCGUGCCCGAAGAUGUCAGGAAUUCUGUUAGUCGGUUACUAAAGGAGAUAACGAGUCUUUCUCAAGAAAAGCCCUGAGGCUUCCCCGACCAUUCGUGCACUGGCAUAUCAGAUAAGUCCAGUUUGAUUAUAUUGCUCCCUUUUUUUGCAUGCUGACCGAAUAGGAAGUGUAGGAUGUUGCACACUACGAAUUAGUAGUAGAUGCAGUCGGUCACUACACAACGUGACGUUUUCUAUAAAUGCCGGGUUUCUAAGAUAUUUGGUGCGAAGGAAACGCAAUGGUUGCUAUAUGUUGAGAGGCCUCAUUCUUGUGAGCUCCUUGUGUUUAGAUUUUAUAGGAUUCUUCUUCAACAUGCUUAUUCAAUCUGCAGCUCCACUUUCUUGAAAUUGUCUUGUUUCUGUCAUGUAAGAUAAUUAGGUUUUUAGAUUUUAUUUAUCUUAGUAUUGGAAGAUACAUGUGACACUGGAUUACCUUCAUGUUCACUCCUAUGUAGUUGAUUGAUUGGGAUUUGAAUAAAUAUUUAUUAAAGUA